UUUCCGGUCGCUAAUUUGUAGCGGUGGGAAUGUGUUUGCAUGUGUGAUAUUUUGUCCAGUCCGAAGCUAUAUUCACUUAAAACACAUACAUUUCUUCACAUUCGGCAGAAAAUCAAUAUUCACCAAAACAAUGACGGAGGAAGUCCAGAAGCAUUCGGUCCACACUUUGGUCUUCAGGUCUUUGAAAAGGACUCAUGAUAUGUUUGUGUCCGACCACGCCAAGUCCGUCUCACUGGAUGAUGAAAGCCACCAGGUGAAGAUGGGCGUGAAACUGAAAACGGAGUACGGUGCAGUUUUACACAUGCCCGUCCUGAAGGAAGGAAAAGACAGAGUCUCACAGCUUCCAGGUGGCAUGCAGGGCCACCAGGGCUACAUACAGCCAGGUGAAGACCCAGAAUACUUGAUCGCCGGGACACAUGCUUACCCCUCUGGACCUGGAGUGGCAUUGACUGCUGACACAAAGCUGCACAGGAAUCCCAGCGAGGGAGGAGUGCACUCCAUGGCGUUGGCUUUACCACCCUCACAAGCUCGGCAGGAAGCCAGUCGCACUGCAGCCAGUGUUGCUGACAUCCAUCGACAUGCAGGAGGAGCAGAGAGAGUUCACCCUCAGUCGUCUGUAGUGUCACUCAUGGAAGGAGGUGGGACCAGAAAUUCGGCACUAAUGAGGAGAGCACCAACAAUGCCCAAACCUCAGUGGCAUCCACCGUGGAAACUAUUUCGGGUCAUCAGUGGUCAUCUUGGCUGGGUGAGGUCCAUCGCUGUGGAGCCUGGAAAUCAGUGGUUUGUCACAGGGUCAGCUGAUAGAACUAUAAAGAUCUGGGACCUGGCCAGUGGAAAGCUGAAACUCUCUCUGACCGGACACAUCAGUACAGUGCGUGGUGUGGCAGUCAGCAGCCGCAGCCCUUACCUCUUCUCCUGUGGGGAAGACAAGCAGGUCAAAUGUUGGGAUCUGGAGUACAACAAGGUAAUCAGGCACUACCAUGGACAUCUCAGUGCUGUGUAUGAUUUGGAUCUACAUCCAACCAUCGAUGUGUUGGUGACGUGCAGCAGGGACGCCACAGCAAGGGUGUGGGACAUCAGGACCAAAGCUAAUGUGCACACGCUAACUGGUCACACCAACACUGUGGCCACAGUGAGAUGUCAGGCAGCAGAACCACAGAUUAUCACCGGCAGUCACGAUUCAACCAUCAGGCUGUGGGAUCUGAUCGCUGGAAAAACCAGAGCAACUCUGACCAACCACAAGAAGUCUGUCCGGACUCUGGUGCUGCACCCCAGACAAUACACAUUUGCUUCUGGAUCUGCUGAUAACAUCAAGCAGUGGAUGUUUCCAGAUGGCAACUUCAUCCAGAAUCUGUCAGGUCACAACGCCAUUAUCAACACUCUGGCUGUUAACUCUGAUGGCGUGUUGGUGUCUGGAGCUGACAACGGAACCAUCCACAUGUGGGACUGGAGGACGGGCUACAACUUCCAGAGAAUCCAUGCAGCUGUUCAGCCUGGAUCUCUGGACAGUGAGUCAGGAAUCUUCUCCUGCGUGUUCGACCAUUCAGAAAGCCGACUGAUCACCACAGAGGCUGACAAGACCAUUAAAGUUUACAAAGAGGACGACACCGCUACCGAAGAAAGUCACCCAGUCAACUGGAAACCAGAAAUCCUCAAGAGAAAAAGAUUCUGAAGACUUUUCUUUUUAUUAUUUUCCUCUUGUCACAGUACCAAUCUUGAAUUUUAUUUCUACCAACUUCUUGCUCGUGCUUUUUUAUCAAGCAAACUUUCCCUCAACUAUCUUUGGCAGAAGCGCCCACAUCUUGUUUGUCUGCUUUACUCCAAAAACCAUUUGCAGCCCUCGUUGUACAACGUUAGUCCAGUAAAGCUGCCGUUUUGGACUGCCAGGAAGCUCCCGGAGCGUUUGUGCUUGAUGACGACGGCUCUCUGGUGGUUCUGCUCUGUCUGGUCCACCAGCAGAAGCCACUCUUCAUUUGGAGAAGGACGACCUUCAGAGUGGACCUGGUUGCUGCUGGGAUCAAACCCUGCAGCAGGAGAGACAAAGUACGUCAAGAAAUAAUUUCAAAAGAUUCUUUUGUAAGGACUCCAUAGAAUUGCCAGUAGUACAGACAUGAAAACAAACUUGUUUCUGGCCUGGAAUGUGACCUUUAUUUUGCUCCAUUUUAAUAAAGACCACACUUUUCACA